AAUAUUUUAGUUAAAAAUUGUGUUGCGCGUGAGAAAAUCGAGUUUGGAGAAGGAUUUCACUUUGAGCUUUUUGCAGUGAUUGCAAUUGUUCGCCGGCAAAUUGAAAACUAGUUCAAGGCUGCCUAUCUGUUACUCUCCAAUAUUGCAAGAGACAGUCAACAACAAAAUCAACAACAACAUGGAGCUAACGUUGUCACCAAAAGAAACGGAGGUGCGUCCCAACACAAUACCCGACCUGAAGGUGGAUGCCACCUUCCGCAAGGUGCCGAAACAUGCGUUAACCUUUGAGCUGUGGAAGAUCGAUGAGGAUCGUUUGGAGGCUGUGGCUCGAGCACAAUAUGGCACAUUUUACGACAACUGCGCUUACAUCAUCUAUGCGACCAGUCUAGUGGGACAUUAUGCGAAUCACGAGACCAUUACACGCGAGCAAAAAGCGAAUGUACCGCUGGAGCGGUAUAUACACUAUUGGUUGGGCAACAAUGUCAGCGAACAGAAUCGUUCCAAUGUGGUGCACAAGGUUCAGGAGCUGGACUCGUAUCUGGGCAAUGUGGCGUCCAUUUAUCGCGAGACACAGAAUCAUGAGAGUGCGCGUUUUCUGUCCUACUUUAAGAAGGGAUAUGAUGUAUUAUCUGGCGCUUUGGUUAAUUCUCCGCAAGGAGUACGUCUCUUCCAGCUUUACGGACGCAAAUGGUUGCGUGCAGUUGAACUGGCGGACAUUGACUGGACGCACUUUAAUUCGGAUUACAUAAUGGUGCUCCAGAUGGAGACCACAACCUUUGUAUGGAUUGGACGCUCGAGUGCUUCGAUUGAACGCCGGAGUGCUCUCUCCUGGGUGCAGAGACAGCGCAAGGAUUGCACGAUUUGUAUUGUCGAUGAUGGCUACGAGCAGUCCAUGAGUCCGGAGCAGAAGCAGCUCUGGAAUAAAGUGUUGCCACUGCAGCAACGUAUGGUUUAUCAGACUAACAAAUUGGGAUCGGAUUUCGAUUGCAAAACCAAUGGCGAUGUCAAUGGCAGCAAUAAAUUUCGCAUUUACAAGUGCAAUCAACGAGGACGUCUGCAUCUGGAUCAGUUGGAUGUGGGCAUGCCCAGCAAGGAUGAUCUUAGCGAUGCACAUGGCGUCUAUCUAUUGGAUAAUUAUGGACAGAGCAUUUGGUUGUGGGUCGGAGCUCAGGCAACGCAAGCGGAUGCUCUCACAGCCAUGGGCAAUGGACGUGCCUUUGUCAAGAAGAAGAAAUAUCCAAAUAGCACGUUGGUAGUGCGUGUCCUGGAGGGUCAAGAGCCCGUUGAGUUUAAGCGUCUGUUUGGCAACUGGCUGACUAUUUGGCAGGAUAAUACACGUGGUCAUAAGCCUGUAUCGACCAAGUUUGGCAAACUGGAUGCAGUCUUGUUAUGUGAACGUCCCAAAAUGGCUGCGGAUACGCAACUUGUGGACGAUGGACGCGGCGAACGCAUUCUGUAUCGCAUCCAUGGCGAUCAACUGGAGGAGCUGCCGGCCACCAAAGUUGCGGUCUUCACCACCAACGCCUCCUAUGUGGUUAAAUACACCGUUCAGUGCGCUACCGUUGUGCCCGCUGAUCUGGCCUGUGUGGGCGUCAAGAGCAUCGUCUAUCAAUGGAACGGGUCGGAGGCAUCGGCGGAGACAAUAGCUAAAGCCGAUAGCUUUGCCAUGGCCAGUUUCGAGGCGUUGAAUGGAGCUGGCAUGUUUGUUCAGUUGUAUGAGUUCGAUGAGACGCCUCAUUUCUUGCAGCUCUUCGAGGGCAAACUGAUCAUAAUGCGGGGCCAACGCAGCGAGCUGCUCCACUCCAAUAAUAAUCUCAAUUGGGAUUUCAAGACGAACAUUAUGCUGGAAACAUUUCUGUUGAAGGUCUAUGGCGAUGCCAGCUAUAAUGCCAAGGCUGUGGAGGAGCAUCCAUUGUCAGCGAUCAGCUCGAAGGAUUGUUAUGUCAUCAAGACGAAUCAUGUUUGGGUUUGGUGUGGCCAGAGCAGCACUGGAGAUGCCCGUGAAAUGGCCAAGUCAGUGGGUGCACUGCUCGGUGAGAGCUCCCUGGUCCUCGAGGGCAAAGAAAGCAAAGAGUUCUGGCAAUCGGUGGCCAUGUACUUCAAUCAGACGUUGGUCAUCAAUGGCCAAUCCUGUGCCAGCAGCACCACGAGCAGCAGCAGCAGCGGCGCCGGCAGCAUGUGCAACGGCAGCAGCAACGGUGGUGGCAACAUCUCACCCACAUUGAGCAACAAUUGCUAUUUGAACACCACCAUUCCAACAAAGCCGCGUCCUCCAGUGCAACUCUUCCUGGUCUGGUGGGAACAAACACAACUUCGUUGUGAGGAAAUUCUCGGUUUUGAGCAAAAGGAUCUCUGUGCCGACUCCACAUACAUUCUCGAUACGGGCACCUUGGCGUAUGUCUGGCUGGGAUCGAAGGCUCUCAAACAGGAACGCGAUAGAUACACAUCCAUUGCUCAGUGCUAUGUACAGAAUGCUCCCUUCGGACGACGCUCUGCAACGGCUUUGGCUGUGGUGCGUCAAUACUCGGAACCCAAUGUGUUCAAGGGAUUCUUCGAGACGUGGCAGGAUGAGCUGGGCAAGAACUUCAUCACUUAUGAGCAGAUGCGUCAGGAACUGGGCAGCAUUGUGCCCAGCAACGCUUUAAAGGAAGGCUCCGCGUUGCAUCUGAACAACAAUCAGAAAGAUUUCGAUGGCCACAAGAAAUAUCCACUGUACGUGCUGGUGCAGGAAAUGGAUAUGCUGCCGCCCGAAAUUAAUCCUUUAAGGCGUGAGGUCCAUUUAACGCACGAUGACUUUGUUUCCGUCUUUAAAAUGUCGUUUUAUGAAUUUGAUGAGCUGCCCAAGUGGAAAAAGCAGGAACUUAAAAAGCUCAACAAGUUAUUCUGAGUUGAUAAAACCUCUUUACAAUCUGUAUAUAGUACAUUUUAAUCAGGCUUUUUUACCUAUUUGGAUUUGUAAUAAAGCAAUUUAUGUUAUAUAUACGUA